UUCCCAAAAAUAUAUUGUGAAGAUGAAGGGGAUAUACAAGUCAUUGGAAGGAUUGAAACCAGUAAUGCUAAUGUUGUUUGUGCAGAUUUCAUCAGCUGCUGUGAAUAUCAUAACUAAGCUCGCCAUAAAUGAUGGAAUGAGCAUGACAGUCGCCACAGCUUACCGCUUCAUUUUUGCAUCGGCUGUCACUGUUCCACUUGCGAUUAUUUUUGACAGGAAGAAAAGGCCAACGAUUACUUGGAAGGUUCUUUCUUUGGCAUUUCUAAGUGGAUUGUUUGGGGGAAGUUUAAUUUAUAAUCUUUAUGCCGAGGGCAUGACUCUGACCUCAACAACAUUUAUGUUUGCUUUGUUCAACCUUACUCCAGGCAUUACCUUCAUCAUGUCAAUACUUUUCAGAUUGGAAAAACUAAAUUGGAGUGCAACGGAAGGAAAGGCUAAAGUGAUAGGAACAUUAAUAGGAAUAAGUGGAGCAAUGCUAUUGACAUUUUACAAAGGAGAAGAAAUUAAUAUUGGAUCAUCUAAUAUAUACCUUUUGCAUACACAUCACAACCAAAAUGGAGAUAUAAUGCCACAACAUGCAGACUUUAGUAAUAAACUAUUAGGUGUUCUUUGUGCCAUAGGAAGCAGCUGCUCAUUUUCUCUAUGGUUCAUCAUUCAGGCUAAAAUGAACAAAGAAUAUCUAAGCCAUCAUUCAAGCACGGCUUUGAUGUCCACAAUGGGAGCAAUACAAGCUAUUGUUCUUGCUCUUUGUGUUGACAGGGAUUGGAUUCAAUGGAAGCUUGGUUACAAUAUCAGGCUUCUCACUGCAGCUUUUCCGGGAAUAAUAACCUCUGGAAUAGCCACUAUUGCUGUUGCUUGGUGCAUAAAGAUGAGAGGUCCUCUUUUCGCGUCGAUUUUCUAUCCUGUCCAACUCAUAAUUGUUGCUGUCUUUGCUUAUUUAUUGUUGGAUGAGAAGUUAUAUUUAGGAAGUAUUCUUGGAGCAGUGAUGAUCGUGUGCGGUUUGUAUGUGGUGCUUUGGAGUAAGAACAAAGAAAUGCAAGAAAAAGCUCAAUUGAUAAGUAGGGUUAGUCUAGAACAUGCUGAGGCCUAAUGUGAAUAUUAAGAUUAGGUCUUAUAUGUAAUGGAGUGUUUGUUUCAAUAAAUGAAAUUACAUUAUCGGGGGAUGUGACAUUGAAAAUGUAAUAAUCUCAUGUUUGUUUCAGGUUUUUAAAAAUUA